GUCAGAUCUAAAGUCAUUAUUAUUAAGUACUUGUCAAUUGCGUCACCGAUCACUGCUGGCCACCACCGCCACCGUCACCCCAUAUAUUUUUGGAAAGAAAUGUAGAUUUAUAUCCCCAAAAGAAUUAAAUAUUCAUAUCUAAAAUGUCGUGCUCUGCAAUAUAUAUUCUGGACGUAAAGGGGAAGGUCCUCAUAUCGAGGAAUUACCGAGGCGAUGUUGAUAUGGGUGUGAUUGAUAAGUUCAUGCCCUUCCUGAUGGAGAAAGAAGAAGAAGGGAUGCUGACUCCCCUCCUACAGACCAGCGAGUGCACUUUUGCUUAUAUAAAAACCAAUAAUUUGUACAUUGUGUCUACAACAAAGAAAAAUGCUAACAUUGCUUUGGUAUUUGUAUUCCUGUACAAGAUUGUGGAAGUCAUGACUGAAUACUUCAAAGAGUUAGAAGAGGAGAGUAUUCGCGAUAACUUCGUUGUUAUAUAUGAGUUAAUGGAUGAGCUGAUUGAUUUUGGAUAUCCACAGACUACGGACAGCAAAAUUCUUCAAGAGUACAUAACACAAGAAGGCCAUAAACUUGAAAUGCAGCCUCGUAUUCCAAUGGCUGUCACAAAUGCCGUAUCUUGGAGGUCUGAAGGGAUAAAAUAUAGGAAGAAUGAAGUGUUUUUGGAUGUCAUUGAGUCUGUUAAUCUACUUGCAAAUGCAAAUGGCAAUGUGCUGCGGAGUGAGAUUGUUGGUGCUAUAAAAAUGAGAGUUUAUCUAUCGGGCAUGCCAGAGCUACGUCUUGGCUUAAAUGAUAAGGUUCUUUUUGAGAGCACAGGCAGAGGGAAAUCUAAAUCUGUUGAACUUGAAGAUGUUAAGUUCCACCAAUGUGUGAGGCUGUCCCGCUUUGAGAAUGACAGAACAAUUUCAUUCAUCCCACCAGAUGGUGAGUUUGAGCUAAUGUCAUACAGACUCAACACACAUGUCAAGCCUCUAAUCUGGAUUGAGUCUGUAAUAGAGCGCCAUGCUCAUUCCCGUGUCGAGUAUAUGAUCAAAGCUAAGUCCCAGUUCAAGAGACGGUCUACAGCAAACAAUGUGGAAAUUAUUAUUCCUGUGCCUGCUGAUGCUGAUUCUCCUAAAUUCAAGACAACAAUAGGAAGUGUUAAAUACACCCCUGAACAGAAUGCUAUUACUUGGUCUAUUAAAUCAUUCCCUGGAGGCAAAGAAUAUCUGAUGAGGGCUCACUUUGGUCUCCCAUCUGUAGAAUGCGAAGAUGUUGAUGGAAAGCCACCAAUCCAAGUUAAAUUUGAAAUUCCUUACUUCACUACUUCUGGCAUUCAAGUCAGAUAUCUGAAAAUCAUUGAAAAGAGUGGCUACCAAGCUUUGCCAUGGGUCCGUUAUAUCACACAGAAUGGAGACUACCAGCUUAGAACUAAUUAAGAAUUAUUAUUUUAUACAUUCCUUUAAUUUAUAAGAAUGCACACGUUCAUUUUAUUGUUUGCAAGUUAACACUUGUAUCAGUAUAUUUUAAAAUAAAAUAGUAUUAUGUAACAAUUAAUAUUUGACUGUAAUAAAUGGUUAUUCACAAGA